UCGGUUUCUUCUAAUUUUCUUCAUAUUCUUCUCUAUGAUGAUGUUUGAUUAGGGUUUCAUCAAUCUUCUUCGGUUCGAAGAUAGUGAAGUUCCCUUUUCUGAUUUCAUUAGUUGGUUUGAUUCGUAAACUGGUUUACUUAGGGUUCCGGAGCUUCUGAAACUCGACCUGUUGUUGCUCAGAGAAACAUGUCGAGGCCCCAGGUCACGAUAACUCUGGGGCGUAGUGGUCAGGUUGUGAAGAGGCGGGGACUGGUAUUAGAUAAUGGUCGUUCUGAUCAUGUGCAAACAUCCGGGAGUAAGCGAUCGGUAAGGGAGAGACUAGGAAGUAAUAUGGACAAUCCAUUGCUAUAUGGGAGCCAACCCAAAAGCAAACGACAAAGGAGAGAUGGCAAUAAGUGGACUCCAAGUAAUAAUGUUAUGAAUGGUUCUCAGAUUGGCAGAGACGACCUGAGGUUUAAGUUGAUGCGGAAGAACUUGUCUAGGGGAACUAGGAGUGAUGGUAAAGAACAUGACAUGGACCGCCGUAAAAAGCCCUCAAGAACAGAACACUCUGCAAUGGCGGCUACUCAUUCGUGGCAACGCAUGCCUGACCCAAAGGUCAAUGGCCUUGUGAGGCGUAUUCCUCCAACAAGGAGUGCAGAUGAUUUGCUUCGUAUGAACUCAAUGAGGAAAUCUUACUCGUCGUUGACUAUGGGUGGAUUGAGACGUAGAUCCCCCUAUAGAAAUUUAGGAACUUCUAGAGGUCUUUCUCCUCCAAGGAAUAUGGAUGACCACCGGCAGUUGCCAUCAAUUAGACCUGUCGAUGCCUCUAGACCAUCUUAUAUGAGCAAAGACAAUCUUGAUACUUCCAGGUUUACAGGUCCUACAAUUUAUAUGACAAAAACUGGUGUGGCGCCAGUUCCUGCAAAACCGGUUGCGCGGCUCCCUCCUCCAACUGACAUCAUGCAGAAGAGUUCAUAUAUGAGCGAGGAACCACAUACUACUGUUGCUAGCCUUCUACAUUCACUUGGUCUGGACAAAUAUUGUAUCCUCUUUCGGGCUGAAGAAGUGGACAUGACUGCAUUGAGGCAGAUGGGGGACAAUGACCUCAAAGAUCUGGGAAUACCCAUGGGUCCGAGAAAGAAGAUUCUUCUUGCUGUUAUGCCUCGUUCCAAACGACAACCUUGGACUAGUAGAACUUAGAUUGCAGCACAUAGAGAAGCAUUGUUCUUUUCUAAGAUCAGCAACCAGAUCAAGAACCUCCAUAUCAGAUUUAACGCCAGUAGCUUUUCAUCUCAAAGUGACGGCGGUGCCCCGUAGCCAACUGCGAGGUGAUUGAAUCCUUCCAGCUUCAAUGGAAUUGGAG